GCCGCCGCUGUCUAUUCCCCAUUCCUGGCCACCAAGCAAAGCAAAGCAAACCCCUAAACCCCACGGCGCCAAUGGCGGCGCUUCCCUCCCUCCGCCGCCUCCUCGCCCUCCGCGGCAACCGCUUCCUUGCCCACCGCCUCCUCCUCUCCACCGCCACCGCGACGACACCCAACCCCCCUUCCCCUGAGGCCGUGAUCUACAACCUCCACAACCUCUCCAAUGACUCCUCCCGCGCGCUUGCCUUCUUCCGCCGCUCCGCCGCCGCCGGCCAGCCCGUCUGCUCCGCCGCAUACAACAUCAUGCUCCGCACCCUCGCCUCUGACCCGUCUUCCGCCCAGCGCCACUUCUGGCCCUUCCUCCGCGAGAUGCAGGAGGCUGGUCACUCCGUCGACCAGGGCACCUACCUCGCCGCCCUCGCAUCCUUCAAGAAGGCAAGCCUCUCCGCCGACUACGCCGCCCUCACCGCGCACUACAACAAGUCCCGGGAAGAGGCCAAGGGCGGCACCACCACCUCCGCCGCCGCCGAGGCCGUCCGGGAGCUCGACGGCGCGGACCUCGAUGGGAAACUGGGCGCCAUCGGCCUCCUUCCGCUCACGGAGACCGCCGUGGCCAAGGUGCUGCGGGAGCUGAGGGACCAUCUCACCAAGGCUCUCGCCUUCUUCCGAUGGGCUGGGCGUCAGCAGGGGUACAAGCACGCCUCGGUGGCCUACAAUGCCAUGGCAAGGGUGCUCGGACGGGAGGAAUCGAUGCCAGAGUUUUGGGACUUGAUCCAGGAAAUGAAGGCCGCGGGGAUCCACGUGGAUAUCGACACUUAUGUCAAGCUGUCCAGGAACUUCCAGAAGCGGCAUAUGCUCAAGGAGGCUGUGGAGCUCUACGAGCUCAUGAUGGAUGGUCCUUUCAAGCCAGCCCAGAAGGAUGGGCCGCUGAUCAUCAGGCGUAUCUCGCUGGCUCCGUCGCCAGACCUGGACCUUGUCAAUCGGGUUGUCAGAAAGUUUGAGGCCGUGUGGAACAAAAAGACCAAGAUGUUGUUUGAUGGGAUUCACAGGGCGCUCACGAGCAAUGGGAGGUUUGAUGAGGCUGCAGAGGUUGUGCAGAGGAUGAGAGCCCAAGGCCACCAGCCAGACAAUGUUACAUAUAGCCAAUUGGUGUAUGGUCUCUGCAAGGCUGACAAGUUGGAUGAUGCUCGCAAAGUAUUUGAUGAAAUGGAGGCUGAAGGGUGCAUCCCAGAUUUGAAGACUUGGACCAUGUUGAUCCAAGGGCACUGUGCGGCUGGAGAUGUGGACAGAGCUCUGCAGUACUUGACGGAGAUGAUAGACAAGAACUUGGAUGCAGACGCCGAUUUGCUGGAUGUGAUGGUCAGAGGUCUUUGUGGCCAUGAAAAGAUUGAUGCUGCUUACACUUUGUUUGUUGAGAUGGUGGACAAGGCUCACCUGAGGCCUUGGCAAGGCACUUACAAACGCGUAAUUAAUGAGUUGCUGAGGAUAAAGAAGCUCGACGAGGCACUGGCCCUUCUGAGGUCAAUGAAAGCCCUCAGGUUUCCACCUUUCACGGAACCAUUCCCUCCUUACAUUGCUAAGCACGGGACGGUUGAAGAUGCAAGGGACUUUCUCAAGGCCUUGACAGUGAUGAAUACUUGUCCAGCACCUGCUGCCUACCUGCAUGUUCUCAAGUCGUUCUUUGCAGAGGGGAGAUAUUCUGAGGCUCAAGAUUUACUGUACAAAUGCCCUAUCCACAUCCGCAAGCACCCUCAUGUCUCUGAAUUGUUUGAAUCUAUCAAAGUUGAGAGUGCUUCUUGACUGGAGUUGAAGCAAGCAAUGGUUGAGUUGCUCACCUAGACGGAUUUGGGAUUUGCUGCUGUCAGAGGAGCAGGGAAGAGGAAGAGAUUGCACGAGUGAGGUCCAGCCCUCCAGGUUUGACGGAGUUUGGCAUGAUGUAGAUUGGUACCAGAAAGCAGUGAUGCAUACUCCAGUGGGUUUCUCUUUUAGAGAUGCUGCACUGACAAUAUAUGCAGAAUAUUUAUCGCG